AUGGACCAGCUGCUGCUUCGGACAGGGUCUGGGGGAUCACCUGGAUACGCACUUGGAUACCUGGAGCAUUGCUCAGAGGAGGUGCCGAGGGACAAACCUUUGUGCCAGGUAGCGGCAGCCAAACAGGGGCUGAAACUGAAGGGGAGAACACAUUUAUUUGCCCUUGUUGAAGUGAGGCGAGCACCUGAGUGUGGCGGAAAUGCAGGAGAACGCGAAAGCAUCGGGGCAGAGCAGCCGCUGGAGGUGCCCGAGCCGUCUCCCCCUUGCCCGCAGGGCCGGAGUUGCCCACCGCCGGCAGCUGACAGGUCCGUGCUGGAGAGUGGGAGAAGGGUCCCUGCUGGCUGCCGUGUCCUGGGUGGGCACAGAGCUCUGACCUUGGCCAGAUGGGCUGUUCGGUUUCUUUCUCACAGGUUUCCGGGUGUUUUGAUCCUGACGUCGCCAAAGCCUCAGGCUUCUCUCCCUGGGCCCUUGCCGUUGCCGUAUCUCUUGGAUGCCGUGCAGAACGGAAUCAGGCAGCCAAGCCUCAGGUUCACCUUCUCCCUCACCCUCUGCGCUGCUCGUGUGGCACAGCAGAUCCUGAAGCCAGAGGAGCACGUGUACAUAAGGGUAAAGAGAUUCCUUCUGUCACACCGGUAUUUGGACCUGAGGAAGGUACCAGGUUUUCUCCAGCUUUUCUACAGUUUUGAUUUUGAGUACAAAACAGCACGAGUGGAUCCUCAGAUUUCUUGGGGAAGGGCUGCGUGACAAACAUUGCUGUGAGCUCUAUGUCUACCAGAGGAUUUUCCGGGUCAUUCUUUCCUUUCUCAGCAGUCCUUUGUGUGACCAGGGCUCCCAGAGUCCUAUUCUGGAGAUACGACAGAGUGCUGCUGCCCGUGUCACCUCUAGAGCUGCCCAUGAGCCGAUAGAGGAUCACAGCCUCCUCUCGUGGGUCCUGCACGGCUUAGAGAAAAGGUUUCUGGAGAACCAGGUGAUAAAUAAAAUGAUUUCCUUACUCCAUCCUUUGUGGCUAAUAAAUUUAGGAGACAAGAGAGAAAACAGGAAUCGAUCCCAGAUGCUGCUGUUGAGAUGGGUAUAUGAUCUAUCUAUCUGUAUAUAGAUAUAUGUAUAUACGUAUAUCUGUGUAGUGAUAAUAAUGGGAGUUUUUAUGAUACGUUGCUUUACUGUCUUAUAUUUUUAAUAAAGUGUGAUUUUAAGUUAUUAGGUAUAACAUUUUAUUCUGCUUAUUGGCUAAAGUAACAUUUUCUUGUAUUUUAUUGGUAUCAAGUAAUUAAUGUUAAUCAUUA